GGACAUAUACAGUCCUGAUAAAGUUCGCCUUUCCCAUUAACAAUCACACUUUUCUUCUGAUGAACUUCCCUAUUAAGAUUUCAGAGACGAAGGAGUUGGAAGUGAACGAAGGAGUUUCCCUCCAUCAUGGUUUUUUUCUUCAGAGGGAAGAUUCCAUAAGCCAGGAACAGUAGUACUUUUCCCUGCAGCGCAUUCCGAUCACUCCGACCCAUCGGGAAACACAUGGCUUUUCCUCAUUCAGCCUGUGAUUUCUCCGCUCAUCACACUAAGAAAAGUGUGGGUGGUGAAGAGGUCAGAUGGAUAAAACACUACAGUAGUUCACACAAGAUUCUCUUAGUGGGCGAAGGAGACUUUUCUUUCGCCGCCAGUCUAGCGGCUGCCUUUGGUUCUGCUUCCAACUUGACUGCCACUUCCCUGGAAUAUAAAAAGGAUUUGAAGAAAGCUUAUAAAAAAGCUGUUGAUAAUAUCCAAGAGUUGCGAUCAAAGGGGUGCAAUGUGUGGCAUGGUGUUGAUGCCACUGUUAUGGCAUCUCAUCCCUGUUUGAAAAACUUGGUGUUUGAUCGUAUAGUUUUCAACUUUCCGUUUGUUGUCCUUCCCAAGGAAAAACGUGCCAAUCUUCAUCAUCAGACGGUUCUCAAGAAACAACAAUCCCUUGUGGUGAAGUUUCUUGAAAAUGUCAAGAAGAUGAUUGGUGAAAAUGGUGAAAUCCAUAUAAUCCAUAGGACAGAUGGGUUUUUUGGUGCGUGGAGAAUAAAGUUUCUUGCAUUGAAGCAUGGGUUUGAACUUGUGGAGGCUUCUGAUUUCCACAUUCGUGAUUAUGCAUUGUACAAUGCCAAAUGGGGAAAUGGAAGUGAUGAUAACUUUGAGUCUGGCCCGAGUAAGACGUACAAGUUCCGGCUUCCUCGUCCACCCUUGAAGCCCGAUUCUUUUUCGCGACCCACACUACCAUCUCUCCAGGAUAUGUCAAUGUCUCCAGCAACUAACUCCAAUGCAUGCCAGGAGUUACCAUCUCUAUCACUAUUUCCUAAUAUGAAGCAUGGCGAUGUGGUUGAGAGUUUGGUAACAGAAGAGAAGAUGAUAAAAAAACACUACAGCAGUUCACACAAGAUUCUCUUGGUGGGCGAAGGAGACUUCUCUUUCGCUGCCAGUCUAGCGGCUGCCUUUGGUUCUGCUUCUAACUUGACUGCCACUUCCCUGGAAUAUAAAAGGGAUUUGAAGAAAGCUUUUAAGAAAGCUAUUGAUAAUAUACAAGAGUUGCAAUCAAAGGGUUGCAAUGUGUGGCAUGGUGUUGAUGCCACUGUCAUGGCAUCUCAUCCCUGUUUGAAAAACAUGGUGUUUGAUCGUAUAGUUUUCAACUUUCCGUUUGCUGUCCUUCCCAAGGAAAAACGUGGCAAUCUUCAUCAUCAGACGGUUCUCAAGAAACAACAAUCCCUUGUGGUGAAGUUUCUUGAAAAUGGAAAGAAGAUGAUUGGUAAAAAUGGUGAAAUCCAUAUCACCCAUAGGACAGAUGGAUUUUUCGGUGCGUGGAGAAUAAAGUUUCUUGCAUCCAAGCAUGGGUUUGAACUUGUGGAGGCUUCCGAUUUCCACAUUAGUGACUAUGCAUUGUACAAUGCCAAAUGGGGAAAUGGAAGUGAUGAAAACUUUGAGUCUUACCCUAGUAAGACAUACAAGUUCCGGCUUCCUUCUCCUCCCUUGAAGCCAGAUUCUUUUUCGCGACCCACACUACCAUCUCUCCAGGAUGUGUCAAUAUCUCCAGCAAGUAACUCCAAUGCAUGCCAGGAGUUAUAUCUGUCACUUUUUCCUAAUGCGAAGCAUGAUGAUGUGGUUGAGAGUUCGGUAGCAGAAGAGAAAUUGAUCAAAAAACACUACAGUAGUUCACAAAAGAUUCUGUUAGUGGGGGAAGGAGACUUUUCUUUCGGUACAAGUUUAGUUGCAGCCUUUGGCUGCGCUUCUAACUUGACUGCCACAUCCCUUGAACAUAAAAGGGAUUUGAAGAAAGUUUAUGGAAAAGCUGUUGGUAAUAUCCAAGUGUUGCGAUCAAAUGGGUGCAAGGUGUGGCAUGCUGUUGAUGCCACUGUCAUGGCAUCUCAUCCCUCUUUGAAGAACUUGGUGUUCGACCGCAUAAUAUUCAACUUUCCAUUCGCUGUCCUAUCCAAACAAGAAUGGAGUCUUCUUCACCUUGAGACAGUUCUCGAGAAACAACGCUCCCUUGUAGAGAACUUUCUGGAGAAUGCCAAGAGGAUGAUUGGUGAAAAGGGUGAAAUCCACAUUACUCACAGGAAAGAUGGAAUCUUUGGUGCAUGGAGAAUAAAGUUUCUUGCAUCUAAGCUAGGGCUUCAACUUGUGGGAGCUAUUGAUUUCAACAUUUGUGAUUUUCCAGGUUACAAUCCCAAAUGGGGAAACGGAAGUGAUGAUAACUUGGAGAGUUUUCCCAGUAAAACUUACAUGUUCCGACUUCCACAUCCACCACUGAAGGCUAAUUCAUUUUCAUCAAAGAGCACUAAUCAGGAUGUCCCAAUAAUUUCACCCACUAAGAUUUAUCCCGAGGAAUUUUAUGCCUUUUGUGAGAACUCGUCACAUGCACACCAGGAGUUGCCAUCACCUUCGGUUUCUUCUGGUAUGAACAUCUUGGCAUGUGGGGCAUCCUCAAGAAACACUUGUUCCAGUCAUGAUAAUAAUAAUCCUAUGGGGUUGAACAAAGGGUCUCAAGAGUUUUGUGUAGAAGAGUUAAAGUCAAUUCUGAUGCAGCAAAAGGGAAACACUUCUCCUCCUAAAAGCAGUUCUUUUGUUUCCCAUGAUUCAGCAGAAGAGAACUGGGUAAACAAAUAUAAAGUGUCUCAAGAGUUUUCUGUGGAAGAGUUAAAGUCAAUUCUGAUGCAGCAAAAGGGAAACACUUCUCCUCCUAAAUGCAGUUCUUUUAUUUCCCAUGAUUCAGCAGAAGAGAAGUGGGUAAACAAAUAUAGUAGUUCCCACAAGAUACUGUUAGUAGGUGAAGGGGAUUUCUCCUUCUCUGCCAGUUUGGCUGCCGCUUUUGGUUCGGGCGUGAACAUCAUUGCCACCUCCCUUGAUUCUAAGAAAACAGUGAAGAGAGAGUAUGAUAAAGCAGCUCACAACAUUAGCAUGUUGAAGGCAAACGGAUGCAAGGUGUUGCAUUCUGUUGAUGCUACUGCAAUGGCAUCUCAUCCAAGCUUAAAGGGUUUAGCAUUUGAUCGUAUAGUUUUCAAUUUUCCAUUUGCUGUUGUUCCUAAGGACCGGAUCCACCAUCAAAUCCGUGAACACCGAUCCCUUGUUGAAAAGUUUCUAGAGAACUCCAAGCAGAUGAUCACCAAAAGUGGUGAGGUCCAUAUUACUCACAGGACGGAUGGAUGCUUUGGAGCAUGGAGAAUAAAGUUUCUUGGAACUAACCAAGGACUUGAACUUGUGGAAGCUAAGAAAUUCAAUAUUAGCGACUACCCAGGCUACAACCCAAGAUGGGAAAUUGGAAGUAGUGGCGAUGUGAUGUGCAUGCAUAGUAAAACAUACAUGUUCAGGCUUCCUCGUCGCCCCUUUAAGACUGUUUCUUGUUCGUCUUCUCCAACAGAACCAUCACACAUCUCUGUUGAGGAUGUCUCCAUAUUGGAGCCUACCAACAAUGAUCUUGGUGCUGAGCUGUCUGUAGAGUUUAACUCUGGUUUCGCCAAGAAUUGGGCCAAUGCACAUGGGAAAUUAACUACUCCAUCAUUAUUAUUUCCCAAAUCCAAUGUCUUUUUUGGGGCUGAAAGCCAUAAUGUGGUACAGGAAGAAGUGUCUGCAAGUAGUUGUGCUAAAUUCUUAGGCGCAAGUAGAUGCGGUCGAACAGAAGCUACUUCUCCUUUUCCAAGCACUGGUUAUCAGUUGAAGCAAGAGGACACGUGGCAAGAUAAUAGUUUUGUUGCAGAAGAGAAAUGUGCAAAACAUUGUAGCAGUUCGCACAGGAUGGUGCUUGUGGGUGAAGGGGACUCUUCCUUCUCUGCGAGCUUAGCUGCAGGUUUUGGCUCUGCAUCUAACAGGACAUCCACUUGUAUUGAUUCCAAAAGGGUGUUGAAUGAACAAUAUGAGAGAGCUGUUUAUCACAUUGAGGAGUUGAAAAGAAGUGGAUGCAAGGUGAUGCACGGUGUUGAUGCUACUGCUGCCUCAAAUCCCAAGGAGACUGCUGCAGCUGCUUAUAGUAUGUUUGAAAAUGAUGAGCUGUAUAUUCCUCCAAUGAUGUUUCCUUAUGAGGGGGAAGCUACGCCUAGUUCUGUUUAUGCUGCACCAACUCUGCCUCAUUUUCUUCUUCCGAGCAAAUAUUUGGGCAUUGAGGAGAAAUGGAUAAAGCAUUAUAGUAGUCAUCAAAAGAUAUUGCUGGUUGGUGAAGGAGACUUCUCAUUCUCUGCCUGUUUAGCCGUGGCCUUCGGAUCUGCUGCUAACAUGACUGCCACUUCUCUUGACAGUAAUGAUUUCUUGACCACAAACUACUGCAAAGCAUUUUUGCACCUUAGGGAGUUGAAAGACAAAGGGUGCAAGGUGAUGCAUGGUAUUGAUGCAACCUGCAUGAUCUACAACCCCUGCUUGAUGGGCUCCACCUUCGACCGCAUCGUCUUCAACUUCCCGUAUGCUGGUUUUUUCAAGGACAUACCCCGGACGUCUCAGCUUUGCUGCCAUCAAUACCUGAUAAGGUUGUUUCUGCACAACGCGAAGCAGAUGCUCAGCGGGGCCGAGGGGGAGAUCCACAUAACGCACAAGACGAACGGGUUUCACAAAGAGUGGAAUAUAGUUUGUAUUGCUGUGCAGGAGGGGCUUGAGCUGGUUGCCACCGUUGACUUUGAUGCUGGCGACUAUCCGGGUUACAGUAACAAGUAUGGCUUUGGGGGUGACAACGCUUUCAACUGCUCUCCCAGUCAAACUUACAUCUUCCGUCUUCCUCCUCCUCCUGCAUUCAUGCCCUGGCCUUGGCCCUAAGCUUUCCUUGUCACCCACCCUCUUUCUGCCUCCCUCCCUGCACUAUUUAUUCAAGGUGCAUGUAAUUUUAGUCAAAACUUACCUAUGUUUUGUUGCAGCUGUAUAUGUUCUCUGAGAGUCUAUCUCAUCAAACUUAUAAUCUUCACGUAGUUUCUCCUGUGGAGAACUAUAGAUUGAAGUGUGUAAUAAUGUACAUUUAUGUAUCAGUUAAGAUAUACUAUGUAUAUAUAUAUUUGUUAGGAAUCUUAUGUAUUUUGGGCAUUUUAUUUU